AUGGUUCUAUUUUGCAUGAAAGAGAACAACACAAACACCAUGACUCAACAAUCCUCUACUAAACCACAUGACCAAAUGGAUCUUGAAUUCAAGAAACCUCAUCAACUCAAAGACAACAGUCUUAAGGAGCACACAAACUUGGAUGUAACAAAAGGGACAUUAGUUGUUGAGGAAGAGGAGGAAAGUGGAAGAGAGAAGUUGAAGAGGCAUAGAGUUGAAAUGGCUGGAAGAGUGUGGAUUCCAGAUAUAUGGGGACAAGAGGAGUUUUUGAAGGAUUGGAUAGAUUGUACAACGUUUGAUCCUCCUUUGAUUUCUUCUGCCAAAAUUGUGACAGCAAGAACAGCUUUGGUUCAAGAAGCUACUGCUACAGCUAGGUGUUGA